ACCUAUCAUGUGACUCUGGCGGCAGCAUGGCGGAAGCAGAGGAGCAGGAAACUGGAUCUCUUGAAGAAUCUACAGAUGACUCUGAGGAAGAGGAGAGUGAAGAGGAACCCAAGCUGAAGUAUGAAAGGCUUUCCAAUGGAGUAACAGAUAUUCUUCAGAAGGAUGCAGCGAGCUGUAUGACAGUCCAUGACAAGUUUUUGGCACUGGGCACACAUUAUGGCAAGGUUUAUUUACUUGAUGUCCAGGGAAACAUCACUCAGAAAUUUGAUGUAAGUCCUGUGAAGAUAAAUCAAAUAAGCUUGGAUGAAAGUGGAGAACACAUGGGUGUAUGCUCAGAGGAUGGCAAGGUGCAGGUACUUGGACUCUAUUCUGGGGAAGAAUUCCAUGAGACUUUUGACUGUCCCAUUAAAAUCAUUGCUUUGUACCCACAGUAUGUGAGAUCCAGUUGCAAGCAGUUUGUGACAGGAGGGAAGAAGCUGCUGCUGUUUGAGCGCUCAUGGAUGAACAGAUGGAAGUCUUCUGUUCUGCACGAAGGGGAAGGUAACAUACGGAGUGUGAAGUGGAGAGGCCAUCUAAUUGCUUGGGCAAAUAACAUGGGUGUGAAGAUUUUUGAUGUCUCCUCAAAGCAAAGAAUCACCAAUGUUCCCCGAGAUGAUAUAAGUCUUCGUCCAGACAUGUACCCCUGCAGCCUCUGCUGGAAGGACAAUGUGACCCUGAUUAUUGGCUGGGGGACUUCCAUCAAGAUAUGCUCAGUGAAGGAGCGCCAUGCCAGUGAAAUGAGAGACCUGCCAAGUCGAUAUGUUGAAAUAGUAUCUCAGUUUGAAACCGAGUUCUACAUUAGUGGACUUGCACCUCUCUGUGAUCAGCUUGUUGUACUUUCCUACAUAAAGGAGGUUUCAGAGAAAACGGAAGGAGAAUAUUGUGCCAGGCCUAGAUUGGACAUCAUCCAACCACUUCCAGAAACCUGUGAGGAGGUCUCUUCCGAUGCUCUGACAGUCAGAGGCUUUCAGGAGAAUGAAUGCAGGGAUUACCGGUUAGAAUACUCGGAAGGGGAAUCACUGUUCUAUAUCGUGAGUCCAAGAGAUGUUGUAGUGGCCAAGGAACGGGACCAAGAUGACCACAUUGACUGGCUCCUUGAAAAGAAGAAAUAUGAAGAAGCUAUGAUGGCAGCUGAAAUUAGCCAAAGGAACAUUAAAAGACAUAAGCUUCUGGAUAUUGGUUUGGCAUAUAUUAAUCACCUGGUGGAGAAAGGAGACUAUGACAUCGCAGCACGCAAAUGCCAGAAAAUUCUUGGAAAAAAUGCAGCACUCUGGGAAUAUGAAGUUUAUAAAUUCAAAGAAAUCGGACAGCUUAAAGCUAUUAGUCCUUACUUGCCCAGAGGGGAUCCAGUUCUGAAGCCACUCAUCUAUGAAAUGAUCUUACAUGAAUUUUUGGAAAGUGAUUAUGAGGGUUUUGCUAAACUCAUCGGAGAGUGGCCUGGAGAUCUGUAUAACAAUUCAGUCAUAGUUCAGGCAGUUCGAGAUCACCUGAAGAAGGAGAGUCAGAACAAGACUUUAUUGAAAACCCUAGCAGAAUUAUACACCUAUGACAAAAACUACGGCAAUGCUCUGGAAAUAUACUUAACAUUACGACAUAAAGAUGUCUUCCAGUUGAUACAUAAGCACAGUCUUUUCAGUUCAAUCAAGGAUAAAAUCGUGUUACUAAUGGAUUUUGACUCUGAGAAAGCAGUUGACAUGCUUUUGGACAAUGAAGAUAAAAUCUCGAUUAAAAAAGUGGUAGAAGAAUUAGAAGACAGACCAGAAUUGCAGCACGUGUAUUUGCAUAAGCUUUUCAAGAGAGACCAUCAUAAAGGGCAGCGCUACCAUGAAAAACAGAUCAGCUUGUACGCUGAGUAUGACCGGCCCAACCUCCUGCCCUUUCUUCGAGACAGUACCCACUGCCCACUUGAGAAGGCUCUUGAGAUCUGUCAACAGAGAAACUUUGUAGAAGAGACGGUGUAUCUUCUGAGCCGAAUGGGUAACAGUCGAAGUGCUCUCAAGAUGAUUAUGGAAGAAUUACAUGACGUUGACAAAGCAAUUGAGUUUGCCAAGGAGCAAGACGAUGGAGAGCUCUGGGAAGAUCUGAUUUUAUAUUCCAUUGACAAACCACCAUUUAUUACUGGCCUAUUAAACAACAUUGGCACACAUGUAGACCCAAUUCUACUGAUUCAUCGUAUUAAGGAAGGAAUGGAGAUUCCCAAUUUGAGAGACUCUUUGGUUAAAAUUCUACAAGACUAUAAUUUGCAAAUUUUGCUUCGUGAAGGCUGCAAGAAAAUCCUCGUGGCUGACUCUUUGUUGUUACUGAAGAAAAUGCACCGAACUCAAUUGAAAGGAGCACUGGUUGAUGAAGAGAACAUCUGUGAAUCGUGCCUUGCCCCCAUCCUUCCCACAGAUGCAGCUAAGCCCUUCAGUGUUGUGGUCUUCCACUGCAGACAUAUGUUCCACAAAGAGUGCCUGCCCGUGCCCAGCAUGAGCUCACCUGCACAGUACUGUAACAUCUGCAGUGCUAAGAGCCGGGGCCCGGGGAGUGCAAUUUUGGACAUGAAGCAGUAAUUCCUGCUCAUCAGCCCUCCCUUAAGAGUGUCCUUGUGACCACCAGUGUGCAAGACAAGUCUCUUCACCUAGGCCCGUUCUCUGGAGCCUUGUUGCAAUGGAUAAAGAAGUCAAGGUUGCCUGCUGCCUGGGAACGCAGGCUCAUCGGUGUCUCAUCGUUAUUUUCCUGGCUUGCUCCUCAUUAGCAAGUGGAAAUGUACCUCUCGGACCUCAGUGAUGCGUAGGCCCAGAGCGCGCUGCCAAGAAUGGUCACGUCCGAGAGCGCAAGGCCUUAUGUCGGGCUUUCUGCUGGCAGCAGCUCCUGCAUCCUAGACUUGGCUGUUCAUGUGUCAUCAGCUAUGGUCCCUCCCAACACACGUAGCAAAUCACUGUGCAAACUCACUCUUCCUGCGGCAUCCGGGAACCCCAUAGCAGGCUAACGUUCUUUGCAUCUAACGCAUCCCACACUUGCUGUUUGUUGAAGGAAUAAAUGUCAUUCCUCUCA